AUGCCUGCAUUGAACAUGGCAGUGCAGGCACAGCACGAGCAUCUCGUAAAGCUGUUGCUCCGCAACCAAGCACGUGUGGACGCUUCUGACCGAAAGGGUGUGACCCCGCUGCAUCUCGCAACGUUCGACGGGUCAUUGGACACCAUGAAGACCUUGAUCUCAGCUAGGGCUAGUGUCGAAGCUCAAGAUUGCCAUGGCCAAACACCGUUCUUCUUCGUUCCGAAUAGGCGGGCGUGUGUGGUGCUCGCGGAAGCGGGAGCUGAUCCGAACGUCUUGAACUACAAAGGUCAGACGCCGCUGCACUUGGCAGCUCAUGCCGGUUUGAACGAUGCAGUCCAGUGGCUGCUGGAAAACAUGACAGCGAAGGCUUGCGACCUGCAGGACAAGCAUGGGCGAACGGCCGUGUAUUGUGCAGCUCAUUCAAAGCUGAAGCCGACCAUUCUGCUGUUGCAAGACAAGGGAGUAGAUACAUCUCUUCGACCAAAGAAGCAUCGUGGCAAGUCCGUCAGCUCUGCUUCCAAGCUCUUGGACGAUAUGGCCAAGAAG